GGCGGUGCGGCGCGUUGCGACAUGGAGGCCGCGGUGGCAACGAGCGCGGGGCCGGCGGCGCUUACGGCAGCCGCAGCCGAGGAGCGGGAGGGGGCGGCGGCCGCGGGCUCCGGGCCCAGCGCCGGGUCCGGCGCCUUCCUCAGCCUCUCGGCGCCCUUCAGCGAGGAAGACGAGGAUGACGUGCACAAGUGCGGGCGCUGCCAGGCGGAGUUCACCUCCCUGGAGGAGUUCGUGCAGCACAAGAUCCAGAAGCGCUGCCAGCGCGGCCCGGAGCCGCCCCUCGGCCCCGAGGGACCGAAGGUCGUUCCCGCGGUUGAGGAGUCCAUAACUGUUGCUCAUAUCGUCGUGGAAGCGUCCUCGAUAGCAGAGGAGAUCGGCAAUGCGUCGGCUAUCGUAGGUAGUGGGCACAUAAAAGAAGUCAUUGUGGCAGGAGACCACGUUUUUGAAAACCCAAAUGGUCACAUUGAUGGCGAUGUCACGGAAGAGCAAGGCAACCCCGACGAUCAGGAGCAGGAUAUUGCCACAGAGCUGAUAAAGGUUAAGCUUCUGGUCAAUAAAGAAGGGCGGUAUGUGUGUGAGUUGUGCCAGAAGACAUUUAAAACGGCAAGCAUCCUCAAAGCUCACAUGAUCACUCACAGCAGCAGAAAGGACUAUGAAUGUAAACUCUGUGGAACUUCCUUUAGGACAAAGGGGUCUCUGAUUCGACACCAUCGGCGUCAUACUGAUGAAAGACCUUACAAAUGUAAGAAAUGUGGGAAAAGCUUCCGGGAAUCAGGAGCGCUGACUCGGCACCUGAAGUCUCUGACACCUUGCACUGAAAAAAUUCGCUUCAACGUGAACAAGGAAAUAGUAGUCAAUAAAGAUGAUUUGCCCACAGGAUCCUGUAGUUCAAACUCAGAAACUGUUCCAUCAAUAGCGAGUGAAUCCAUCGAGACCUCACCUGUGAUUCAUCUAGUGACAGAUGCAAAAGGCAACGUUCUUCAUGAAGUCCAUGUCCAAAUGCAGGAGCUUCCUGUUGUAGAUUCAAAAUCUCUGGACGAAGAUCAGUCGCAUCCUAAGGAGCUGCCAUGUGAGGGGGAAACAAACAGUGAGAAUCUGCUGAGGCAGGCCAUGAGGAAUUCCGGCAUUGUGAUAGAGAGAGUUGCUGUGGAAGAAAUGCAGAAGGCAGAUGAGGCUGCUGUAGCUGCUACAGAAGAAAUAAAAAAUGAAGUGGUGCAAGCAGAAGAGGAGCCAUGUGGAGAACAGCAUGCUGAAGUAGAACAAUCAGAGCCUACAGAUGCUGAAAGAACAAAUGGGUACAAAAGUUACGUUUGCCCUCACUGUAAUGAAGCUUUUAGUGAAGCUGCUUCCCUUGAAACGCACAUCAAAGGACAUUUAGAUUACAAGCCUUUUAAGUGCGAGGAAUGUGGCAAAGAGUUCACGAAGGGCUACCUGUUAAAAAAGCAUCAGGAGGUGCACGUCAACGAACGGCGUUUCCGCUGUGGAGAGUGUGGCAAGCUCUACAAGACUAUUGCACACGUCAAGGGGCAUCGAAGGGUGCAUUCUGAUGAGCGACCGUACUCCUGUCCAAAGUGUGGCAAACGGUACAAAACCAAGAACGCCCAGCAAGUUCACUUCCGUACGCAUUUGGAGGACAAGCCUUACGUGUGUCAGUACUGCAGCCGGGGCUUUCGGGAGAAGGGCUCUCUGGUCCGCCACAUCCGCCAUCACACGGGGGAAAAGCCUUUCAAGUGUUACAAGUGUGGGCGAGGCUUCGCGGAGCAUGGCACUCUCAACAGGCACUUAAAGACCAAAGGUGGCUGCCUUCUGGCUUUGAAAGAGGUGGAGGAAGUGAUGGUAUCUGAGGAAAGCCAGUCAGCUGACAAUUUAGCUGCAACAGUCAUCUCUGAAGAUCCUCAUACUGUUUUGGUAGAGUUUUCUUCAGUGGUGGCAGACACUCAGGAAUACAUCAUUGAGACUGCUACUGAAGAUAUGGAGACCAGUGAAGCUACUGAAAUAAUGGAGGGAACAAGACAUGAGGUUGACAGUCACAUUAUGAAGGUUGUGCAACAAAUAGUAAAUCAAGCAAACUCUGGUCACCAGAUCAUCGUACAGAAUGUCACCGUGGCAGAAAACUCUGAAGUAACCACAGAUGCUGCAGACACCAUCACCAUUGCAACCCCUGAAAGCCUCACAGAGCAGGUCGCUAUGACACUGGCUUCUGCCAUUGGAGAAGGAGCAGUGCUGACAACAGAAGGUAGCAUCGAGACAGAAGAAGCAACAGUGACGAUGGUGGCAUCAGAGGACAUUGAAAUAAUGGAACAUACAGGAGAGUUUGUUAUUGCCUCCCAGGAAGGGGAGGUGGAAGUCCAGACUGUGAUUGUGUAAUGAACAGCGUGCAGCUACUGACAGAUGUUAAACUUACUGUUUUUCUCCAGGUUGGGGAGUUUGAUCAGUCCUAAGUUUGCCAUUACAGUUCAGAGAGCAAGGGACAGAGUGUUUCUAUAGGUAAAUGGCUUAACAGGAUGGUACAGCCCUGAGAUGUUUUCUGUUUCAAAUGUAAAUGACAGUAGUUAAAGCCCUCUGCAUGGGUUUACUGUGAAAGUGACCACUAUGCCACCUUUGACAGUCUCAGUUUUUUGUGCAGCUCCUUUGCAAAGCAUUUACCUCUGACCACAGGACAGUAGCAUCUUGGUGCUUAAAAGGAUUCAGAAAGUGCAGCAAGUAUGUAGGAUCUCAUAAGAGAUGACUAAAAUUAAUCGUAUGCAUUUAAAACAAACCAAGAAAACCAAACCUAAGGAGUUCUGGUGUCCAUUUACCACCAGUCAAACGCUUUCAUGCCUUUAACCUCACUACUUUACUCCUCCUAAGGCAUGGUACUGCAGUAUUUUUUUUUAAAAAGUAUUUUAUAUCCUGGACAAGUAGCCUUAUGUACUGGUCUAUAAAGAAUGCAUCGUUGUACCCUUGCAAAGCCAGACAGGCUGCUCUGAGAGCUAGUCUGUUGGUGUGUAAAGCCAUAUUGUAUAUUAAUUUUUUAGAACCAUAGAUGGAUUUGUAAUUGCAUAUUGUACAGAUUAGGCAUGUAAAUAGAUUUUUAAAAAUAAAGUUAUUUAAAGUUCUUA